AUGGAUGGGUCGAGACCAUGUCGAGAAAGAGCUGUUUUUGGCACAUAUCAACCUUGUGGGGACGUUCACAAUGAUGAUGAUUACCACAAAAUGGGAUCCUUGACCGGCACUUCUGGUGUUGGUGUUCCAUCUCAGCACGGAUCUCAACUCAAUUUUGAAUGGGGUAACACGUGA